AGAGAGAGAGAGCGAGAGAGAGAGAGAGAGAGAGAGGAGGGGAAAGCAGAGCUCAAGCGAAAGAAGGUUAGCCAGCAGCGAGUUAAGAAAAUGGCGAUCAUGCAGGACGAAUGCCUCCCCUCGUAGAUGCUGCAAAAAGCGUUGAAAUUCUUUUAGCCUUACAGCCGGCUUUUCUUUCCACUCGGUUGCACUUUAUACUUCAAUGAGAGAUUCGGAAUUGAAAGCUGUUGCCACCAAAGAAGCUAAAGCAUCGUUACAGGGAACAUACCCAUAGAGGGAAGAACAGUGGAUGGAAGAGAGAGAGAGACGGAGAUUGUGACGAGGACGGAGGAUAAGAAGAUCAAGGACUGGUCAAAAGUGCCAGAGCAUACCAAGUCAAGACAGAGUCCUAAAUCUAAACAACUUCCCCCCCUUCCCCCUCCCCACAAAUACACAUACACACAAUCGUACACACAUACAGUCCUCAGCAAUGCCAAGGGGGCCCGAUCAGCCUGCUGCCCGCUCUGACAAGCCCUGCCUCUUCACCUCAGGCCCUUGAGGGCUGUGCCCUGUGAGCUUUAUCCUUUUGACCUCCCAUUGGUCAACCUUGGAACCGGAGGUCACUCGUUCUCCACUCGACCCGGGGUCACGAGCCGCACUCACAGGCAUGGCUCCCAUUCGGGAUUCCGUCAGCCACUCCCCUAAUCAAACAGGUCUGGAGCACCCUGGCUUGGACUCGCAGUAUGAGCCUUCCCCCUGGUCCUCUGGCUCCCCCUGCAGCGGUGACGGUAACACCAACUGGGGCAAAGUCCUAGUGGACGGAAGCACCGACAAACCCAACAACCCUUCUUCAACCAACUCUUCCGUCUGGCCUCCGUCUUCUUCCUCGUUCUCUUGCUCCUCGUCUUCUUCCUCUUCUGGCUGUGGGUCAGGAUCGGACCCAGAGUUGGCGUCAGAAUGCAUGGACGCAGAUUCUAGCUCCUCGAUCGGCUCGGAGAAAAACCUUGCCGCUGUGACGACAGUGAUGAUGAUGUCAGCAAAUGCUCCUUCCUCUGUGUCUUCUACGGCUUCUUCUCCCUCCUCUAUGGUGACUUCCGACAUGAUGGUCGGCGUUUCGGUGAAUGGAGACAGCAACGGCAACAGUCGUCAGAUAAUCGGCGGAGGGAUGGGGGGCAUCGGCGGUGCAAAUAACGGAAAUAAUAACCUCACCGGGUCCUCCCACUACUCCGCGGCUGGGUCCAGCAGUAUUGGCAGCAAUAACAUGGGCAACCACAACAAGCCCGUCAAUAACAGUGGUGUCUGGGGCAGCAACAUGAUCUCUGGAGGAAGCCCCCCCUGCAUCAAUGGAGGGUUGAACCCAAACACUUUAAACCCAAAUGCCAACCACGGUGCCUGGCCACAGAAUCCAAGCCCAGUGUCCCAGGGCCAAAGGCCUCCUCAGGCUCAGGGGAUGAAACUGGGUAUAGCUCCCCAGCAGGGCCCCAUGCUUGGCUGGGGCGGCAUGGCAGCUCCCAACAACAGCAGUAUGAUGGAAGACACCGAGAAGAAUAAUGGUACAGCAAGCAGCAAGGUGUUAGGAAGCAGCAACAGUGGAAAUGGUGGCCUACAGCCGACCAACCUUAACACUGAAUCCAAUGGACCAAAUAACACUAUGAUGAUGAAUACUACUACUACUACUACUAACGCCACAAUGACCUCUAGUCCACCAAACUCUACAGCCUCACCCCAACUCAGCGGGGAUUGUUCCUGGGGCACUAUUGGAGGAGGGAACGUGGGUCCGCUGGCGAAUGGAAACCCCAUAUCAGCCCCCCAGCACCCCCAAGGAGAGCUGGGAGGUCCUGGGACCUUCGGUACGCCUUGGGGCGCAACUACCUACCCUGGUGAAAAGGGCCCCCUAAAUGCAGACACUGUGAACCCACAAAACCCUGCCUUAAUGCAGGCCGGGAACCCCCAAAUAUCCUCUACUGCUGCUUACAAGAGUAAUAAUAACCACAAUAACACUGGGGCCCCGCACUGGGACCAGGGGCCUGCCAAUAACCCAAACCAGCCUCAGAGCAACUCCUGGGGUAAUCAAAUCCAAGGCUCUGCAGGCCAAACGCCAGGAAAUGGGAACCAAACUACGAUGGGCCCUCCAGUAGGGAUACCCCGGCCCUGGGGGAGCAGCGCGUCUUCUUCCUCUUCCUCAUCGUCCUCUACCACAUCCAACAACAAGAUGCCGAAUGGAGAAUGGGGAACGACAGCUCCUGGUAUCAACCAAUCAGAUGCUGGAAGUCAUAAAGGAAGCUCUGCCAACAAUGGCUGGAAGAGCUUGGAGGAUGACGCCAUGGGAGUAGGAGGAGGGGGAGUAGUAGUAGGAGCAGUAGUAGGAGCAGGGGGAGUAGGAGGAGGGGGAGGAGUAGGAGGAAGUCACGCCAUAGGGAGCGUCACUGGAGGCUGGGGCCGCUCUGGAGGAAGUGAGGGAAGCGGAGAGAGCUCCGGAGGCCGAUCCAGCGCCGACAGAGACCAGUCAAAAGGGGGAAUCCGCAGAACGGUUAUCCCUCCUGGGCCAGUAGUAUCGGCUGUGCCCCCGGUCGACGUGGACCCGAGAGUCCUUUCCAACACUGGAUGGGGACAGACACCCGUUCGACAGAACACCUCCUGGGAUGUCAACUCUCCCGUUAAUAGACAAGUUCCUAGAGGCGACGAAAGAAAGCAAAGCAGCGGAGGCCCCGGAUGGGGCUCAGCAACACCGGCAGCUCCCUCCCAGACCUCCGGAGGUUGGGGUGGUGGGCCGGGCAACUCAGGUCCAGGUCCAGGUCCAGGUCCAGGUCCAGGUCCAGGUCCAGGUCCAGGUCCAGGUCCAGGUCCAGGAGGCUCUGGCUGGGGCGAGCGACACAACUCUAGUUGGGACAAUAAAGCCCCAGCAAACGGAGGAGGUGGGCAGAGCAGCUGGAACGAUGGAUCCGGCUACAAGGGUGGCAACAACAACAGUAACACUUGGAGCAAUAACACCAACAAAGACGACAGAUCCAAUACCUGGACUAAUGCGCCCAAACCGCAGCAGCAAGGCUGGGGUUCGCAGAGUGGACAUGGAAGGGAGGGCUGGGGUCACGGUGGAGAUGGACCCAGAGCAGGGGGCAACAACCACUGGGAGGGGCGGGAGAGGGAUAGCGACAGCAACCGCUCAGGCUCCGGAUGUUGGAGCGAGCAGAGCCGAACCAACACCAGCAGCGGCGGCAACACCUGGGCGGGCGGCGGAGGAUCAAAUACUCCAGAACAGAGCACUCCGAACCCAGGCUCCAACUGGGGUGACUCAAACCCUCAGAAACCCAACCCUCAGGGUCACAGCCAGGGCUGGGUCGAGCCCGCAAAGAACAACCAGAACUGGGGUGAGCACAAUCCAAAGCCCUCCAACGAGUGGGGGAAAGCUCCUGAAGCCAACAUGUCCCGAGGCAAUCCACCCCCCACCAAGCCCGCAGGCUGGCAAGGAGGCCCAAUUCCCACAGCAGUUCAGAAGGAGGAAACUUCAUCUGGGUGGGAAGAGCCUUCUCCUGAGUCUGUUCGCAGAAGGAAUGAGAUCGAUGAUGGGACAGCAGCUUGGGGAGAACCAGCCGCUAAACACGGCGUUGGAGCUGGCAACAUGUGGAGCAAGACCAGACAAUCAGAGCAGGAGGCUGCGAGUCAGCCCCCUCAGCACCAGCCCCACCCGCCUCGCAGCGUCAUGCAUCCUCCUCCGCCCGUGCAGCCUAUGGCCCAGGACAAAAGCUGUAAUAGUUGGGGUGAGCCGUACGCCAAGAAGAAGGAGUCCUCAACGUGGGAGCCUCCCGCUCCUCCACCUGUAAAAGUGGACAACGGGACGUCUGCCUGGGGGAAACCCAUGGAGACCAACUCCACCUGGGAGGAGCCCGGCCGAGAUAAGAGAGACUCCGCUGCGCCUGGAUGGAGCGGACAGCACAAGCCUGUAGCUCCAGGUCCCAAGCCCAUGGAGACGUGGGGAGGGGGAGAGGGCAACAGCUGGGACCAGGAAGAGGAGGUGGAGAUCGGCAUGUGGAGCAACAGCCAACAGGACAACAGAUCCCACGACCAAAACACCUGGAGCUACAAGCAUAAAGUCUCCAGCAAGAUUAACAAACCAGUCAACAAACAGGAUGAGCCCUGGAUGAGGCCGUUCGUCAACCAGUUCAACAGCAUGAACUUCUCUAGAGACUCUCCUGACGACUCCAUGAAGACGGGAGCAGGCAUGGUGCAGGACAAGCGUAUGGACAUGGGCGGCAUGGGAGACUACAACGGAGGGAUGGGGAAGAACCCCGGGUCUCGCCACCAGCUCCACAGGGACUCUCCCAUGGACCGCAGCUCUUACUAUGACAAGAAUGUAAACCCUAUGAUGGGUGGCAGCAGCGUAGCACAGGGCCGAGGCGGCCCCCAGUCACAGAUCCCCCCCCAACCCAACCUCCGCAACCAAGUGCCUCCACCCAUCCUGCCCCCUCAGGUGUCUCCAUCCCUGUUGAAGUACCCGGGAGGUAAUGGAGGUCUGAACCCUCUGUUCGGCCCUCAGCAGGUCGCUGUGCUCAACCAACUCUCCCAGCUCAACCAGCUGUCACAGCUCAGCCAGAUCAACCAGUUACAGCGUCUUCUCCUCCAGCAGCAGCAGCAGCAGCAGCAGCAGCAGAAAGCUCAGAGCCAUAGACCCAUGCCUGUGGGACGACCCAGUGAACAGACUCGUCCUAUUGGUUCGUCUCCGUCGAUGAUGCAGCCGCCUCGCCACCUGGACCCCUCCAUGAUGAAACCGCCUCCAUCACACAAACCCUACAUGGAUAACUACAUGUCCCACAAUGCCCCUGACAUGCAGAAGGACGCUUCUUCUCUUGGAUCCUUCAGCAACUUCCCUUUAAGCUUGAACUCUAACAUGAAUGUACCCCUGGACAUGGGUGUUGGUGGAGGUAGUGGCGGCGGAGCUGUGAGCUACAAAGAGCCGCCCCAGUCCAGAAUGAAGAAACUUUGGUCGACUGACCCUCUGGAGCAGGACAGCAAAUCUGGUGCUAUGUCGUCUGGGCUGCGUCUGGAGGACUCUCCCUUCUACAACUUCCUGUCUCCUGGCCCGUCAACCCUGAGUCCUCCCGGCCAAUCAAUGGGCUCGGUGGGAGAUGGCUGGCCACCCCGUGCCAACUCCCCCUUGCCCCCUGGAAACACUGUCACCUGGCCCCCAGAGUUCCGACCCGGGGAGCCCUGGAAAGGUUACCCCAACAUUGACCCUGAGACCGACCCCUAUGUGACCCCCGGCAGUGUCAUCAACAACCUCUCCGUCAACACCGUCCGCGACACAGACCACCUCAGGGACAGGAACAACGGGCCAUCCUCAUCACUGAACACCACGAUGCCUUCUAACAGUGCCUGGUCAUCCAUUCGUGCCUCCAGCCACAGCGGUUCCCUCACCAGUACAGCACAAAGCACUUCAGCCAGACCCAGUGAGUCGAAGUGGUCUCCCGGCGGCGGUUCUGUGUCCAACUCCUCCCUGGCCCACGAGCUGUGGAAGGUCCCCCUGCCCCCCAAGGCGCUGGCUGUGGCGGCUCCUUCCAGACCUCCACCCGGCCUCACCAGCCAGAAGCCCAGCUCCGCCUCCUCCGGCUGGGACAGCUCUUCCCUGAGGCUGGGGGGGUGGGGCUCCACAGAGUCCAGAUACACACCUGGUUCCAGUUGGGGCGAUAGCAGCAGCAGCAGCAGCAGCAGCAGCUCAGGGAGAUCCCAAUGGCUCGUUCUGAAAAAUCUCACACCUCAGAUUGACGGCUCUACCCUGAGGACUUUGUGCAUGCAGCACGGCCCUCUGAUCACAUUCCACCUCAACCUGCCACACGGUAACGCUGUGGUCUGCUACAGCUCCAAGGAUGAGGCCGCUAAGGCCCAGAAGAGCCUGCACAUGUGUGUUUUGGGGAACACUACCAUUCUGGCCGAGUUUGCCAGCGAGGAGGAAAUCAACCGUUUCUUUGCACAAGGGCAGUCACUGGCCACUCCCUCCUCCAGCUGGCAGGCCAUCGGCUCCUCUCAGAGCAGAAUGGAUCAGUCUCACCCAUUCCCCAGCCGCGCUCCUGAGCCCACCCAGUGGAACAGCAGCGACCUCCACAGCUCCUCCCUCUGGGGCGGGCCCAACUAUUCCAGUAGCCUGUGGGGGAAUCCCAGCGGCACCGAGGGGGGGAGGAUCAGCAGCCCUUCUCCAAUCAGCUCCUUCCUCCCAGUGGAUCACCUGUCAGGGGUAGGGGACUCCAUGUGAACCGCCUGCCAAUCAAAACAGGCUGUGGGAAGGGUCAGUAGAGAAUAAUCAAUAAUCAGCAGAAGAAAAUGAAAAAAAAAAAGUAGUUAAAAAAAAAAAAAAAAGCAAUGGCACUAGUCGGACUCUUUCUCACUUACAAGAAAUACAACAAAGCGGGGUCUCCCCUGUGGAAAACAAGUUACGUUUCUCUCUCUGCACAUAUGUCCACUUUGUUUUAGCCCAAAAACAUAUCAGUCGGAAUACUUGAAUCAUGCAGGCCAAUUCUAUAAUGUGAACGGAUGGAUAUUUGCUUCCAGGUAGUGCUCUUUCAGACCGAAAAAAGCUUAAAUCGAGCUCAUUAUUAUAUAUAUAUAUAUAUUUUUUGUUUCAUUCGUCAUGUUUAUUUGAAUUCCAAUUAUUUUCAUUUUUAACGUUUUCUUUUUGUUUUUUUUGCAUUUGUUUGCUGACAAUGUUGGAGUAAGAGCUUUUUUAACUUUGCACUGAAUGUGGUUUUUUCUCAGUAUAUAUAAUCUGCAAUAUAGAGGGAGCAGCCCGUUUUUCCAGUGUAGCUGUUUACUCAUUGAGGUCCUUACCGUAUGUGUGUGUGUAUGCGCGUGCACGUGCACAUAUGUGCGCGGAAGUACUUUGUGUGUGUGCGAAUGAGUAUGUGUGCGCUCCUCUCUGCCUUGGCACGCCUACCUUACUGCGUUGUCGUGGAGUUCAAGAUCAACAGAUAGUUAAAGAAGAAUAAAAGCUGACUUAGGAGGAUUAUCUGGUGAUGGUAAAAGUGACAUUAAAAAGUAUUGCACCAAUUUUGUUUUAAAACUAAAGAACGUUGAGCUCUGCAGUGCAAAGGACUGUAGCCGCAGCUGGGACUAGCAAGCCCCGCCCACCCAGUGUAAGGGGGCGGGGCCUAUCUAGCAAGCCCUCCCACUAGCCCCCUAGUGGGCAGGGGGGAAACAGCACUUUCAGAAUAGGCUUUCAAUGUUUUGGAGGUGCCACACUGCAACCUCUUGUUUACAAGACUUAGGAGGCGGAACGUGUGUUCAUUCUUCAUUUUAAAGAGAAGAUGGAAAAAUAGAAAAUAGUGGAAAAAAAAUAAGAAAAAAAAAAAUAAGAAAAAAAGUAAAAACUCUUAUUGAGGAUGAAGACGAUGCUUUGUAACUCUGGGAAUUCGGAUCAGUGUUUUUGGCCAUGGCGUUGGUUAUUUGAACUAUUCCUCUUUGUCUGCUAAAUAACCAGCAAUGGUUCUCAGGAAAUCAAGCCAGUUUUCCCCCCCUUGUAGGUGAAUUAAAAAAAAGAAACUACUACUCCUUGUAGGAAAGGAAAAUCCAACUUCUAGCACUGAAACUAUGUAUAGGUCUGUACGUUUUAUUUUCUCUGCCAAAUAACUGCUUUAAGCUGGAGAAGCUCAACACACUGCUUUCAAUAUGCUGUCUUUUGAGGGACGGGGGUUCCUGAUGUGGGCGGGGGUGGAGGACGGGCUGCAGACAUCCCAAUGCUCCCUCUCUCCUCCUCUUCCUCCACUCCUCCACUGAUGUUAAAAAUCAAAAGUGGGGAGUGUUUAUUGUAUGAGUGUGUGACUGUCAGUGGAAAAUGCUCGGUCUUGUCAGACUUCUAAACCAAGAGAAAGGCGAAUCUGUAUCUAUGCAUACUGUAGCCUCUCACACGGCCUACUGAGACGCGUUUUUUGUUUUUUUUCUCACAAAAUGUUUUAAAUGUUUCAUUAAGUACAACAAAAAUGCAAACUAUAACUUGCUUUUUUGUUUUUUUAAUCGCUCUCAUUGCCACAAAUGGUGUUUUUGAAAAAAGGAAAGAAGAAAAAGCUUAAAAAAUCUUUUUGUUUGGUUGAAGAUAAUAUUUUAACAGUGCAAAAGUCGUCCACAUUUCAUUGCCUUGAUCCUAAUUGUGUCCGAAGAUGCAACAACAAGUCAAGUGGCUUCUACCUGUUUACAAAUAGAAUAUGAUUGUAUUGUUGUACUGUUCUUUUUUUUUCUUCCUUUGGGGUUGGGGAGGGAGGGGGGGGUACUCAUCUGAAGUUCCUGAAUUGUGUGUGUGAAUGUGUGUGUGUUACGAGGCUCUGAACCGGCGGAUGUUAGUCUAAUCGGAGAGGGUCGUGUUGCGAGAGCGGCGUGAAUGUAAAUCCACCAGUGGUGUUUGUCGACUAAAUACACGUGUGAAUAAUAGAUUUACCUAUCUACCAGUGAUUGUUUAGUAACUAUGAUGCACAAUUAUCGGGGGAAAUCAAAAAGCUUCAGAGAGUGCGCGAAAGAAGUCAGCAUUAGCGAAGCCAUGGACCUUAAUUUCUUCAUCGUGUAAUUGCUCUGUGUUAAAGCCCGUGUGCGCGUGUCCCCUCUAUAGGUUUUUAUUUCAGAAGUACUAGAAAACGUUGGCUUAAGUUGUGUUUUUUUAAGUUAAGUCGUGAAUCUUUAACAACUUCAAAGCUUGCGUAGUGAGACAGAACCUCGAGUAUUAGCCAGAUGUGACCGUGGUGUGUGCCAGUAUUGAACUGCUCUCUACCAAAUAAUUCAAUCAUACAAAAGAUUAGUUUACUUAUUCCAGAAUCUCUUUGCUUAAACUAUACAUAUAUAUCUUAUUUGUGUUUGUCUGUCAAGUGGAACAUCUGAACCAUAUUUGUUAUUCUUUGAGUUAACUUAAUUUGACAAAUUGAACUGAGGCGCCUUGGAUUUUGCACUUGGGUGGAUUAGAGGAGAAGGCCGAGCGAGCGGAGAGCAAAGCCGAGAUGGAGGGCGUAUUUGUUGAUUAUCAGGUCUGUCUGAGGGCGAAGAUGCGUCUGAGUAUUGUGACAGGGUAAUGUGUGUGUGUGUGUGUGUGUGUGUGUGUGUGUGUGUGUGUGACUAGAGAAGAUGGUGCUUUGUUGGCCCCCAGUGAGGGAGCAAGAGAGGGGCUUGGUCGUCCUCUCCAGGUUUACCUCUCACUGUUCGCCGGGCUGGCUCGCCACGCCGCCUGUACCGAGCCUGAAUGUAGCUGAAAACGGUUUUGAAAAAAAUAAAAUGUACUUUGCCGAGACUCGAUCUGCCUUCCCCGGUACCUGAUCAGCCUCAAACAUGGAAAAAUAUCAAGUAAAUCAACCUUUGCUUUUUGUUUAUGUAUCUAAAUCAGUAUUUGGCAACUGUUCUUGACCACGCCCCAUGUUGUUACGGCAACCGUUGCCGUGGAGACGCUCUUGUCUCGAGCUUGACUGAAUCGAGGGUUCUUAUUGGCCCGUAGCGACUUGGGAACAGGAAUGAGACUUCUGAUUGGCUGGUUCAUCCUGGCUUUGUUGUUUUUAUCAGGGACACGGGGUUAUACUUGCCUUUUCACUGGCUGACCCAGGAUCAGCUCUUCCUCUCCGACUCCUAAGCUUAACUACAGGAGAGGAAAUGCAAAACGAGAACUGACAGGAAGUCCGGGGGCAAGUGAACUCCAAGCAGUCUAUUUAUUUACUUUCCGCAUAUAUUUUACACUUCGUUCAUUCUGAUUUUUGGCAAUGCUAUUUCUCCUAGCGCUGAUACCGGGAGUAGUUCUGUCCCUCGUCAGUAUCCUUACCUUAACCAAUAAUGGGACUUAAACUGACCUCGGAUCAGGAGCAGGAGGCCGCAUCGCUCUGCUGUUAGAGAAGGGACAAGCAACGUCUGUAAAACGCCUCUCAUUCAUGUUAAUGUUACUGUUUUGGUCUCCGGCUUAAUCUCGCUCUGUUUCCGUCUCGUCGAAUCUACUGUUAGUGUGAGUGUGUGUGGGGAGAUGCAAAAACCCAGUCAAGUACAGAAACUGUGUGUAUGUUCGAACACAUUAUCAUGCCAAAUCGAGGAGGGAGGGUGAGAGGGAAGGAAAGGGAUUGAUUUGAUUUCUUUUCUCUUUUUUUGCGUGUUGUAUAAGAAGUGUGUGUUUGUGUAUUUAAAAAGAAAAAAAGCUGGACAAUGUUAAAUGCUUGAAGAAAUCAUUUGCAAAAGGAUGAUGUGAGGAAAACCACCACAAGCAAUGUACAAUCCCCAGGGCUGCCAAGCAGCUUUCAGACAGGGCCAGACGAGGGGAGGGAAGAAGGAAAGGAAGGAAGGAGGGAGGGAGGGAGGGUGUAGGAAAGGAGGGAAGCUGGCUGGUGAUACUAUACUACUUUUUAAUGUUUAAGAAAAAAUAAUGUGACUCUGUUUUUCUCUUGAAUUAACUAUCCUGUGAGCAAAUGCUAUAUUAUAUAUCAUAACACACCCAACGGCUCCUACUGUCGAUCAAAAGGCUAUUUUUGUUGACGCAAAAAAAAAAAAAAAAAA